AUGUCGGUAACUCCCAAACCCCCACGGAAUUCCCCUGUGGUUACCCAGAAAUCCGAGCUGUCUGUUCAAGACACGUCUCUCGCGUUUUCAGACCGCUCAUUACGUUCGAUGCACUCUGCUCCGUCCCUAGUGUCCGGAGCUUCGACUUCGUUUGCAUCUUCCGUGCUCUCUACCUCGACUUUAAAUCUCAACGUGCAUAGCAUUCCACUACGACACCCCCAUCUGUACAUUGUUGAUGAAAGCACAGACCAACAUGAACAUGACCAGCAGUUCAACGACAACAAAGAAAAUCGCCAUGCGUCCUUUCCCCCUCCUCCGAACAUUACCAUCACCGACUCUCCUGAGCGACCACGGCUUAAGCGAAUGGAGUCGGAAAGAACCGUUGCAGGCUCUCUACGGCUCCCUGAUCCCUCGCAAGGUGGCUCCGACUCGGACGGACAUCUCUCCUGGAGAGUCAGCGAAUACGGCGUUCUGUCCGACCCAUGCGAGGAGGAAAUGGCCAGCUCGGACGCAGACUCCGUGUCCGGAUCAACAGACGAGCUUCGUCGCACUCUCUUUUACCGUCCAAGCACGGACCCCAUACAAGUCCGUUUCCAACCGGAAGAUCGAGAACUGGAGGCGGCCUUGAGCGCAGGUUCGACGUCCAAUGCGAGUUUGUUGCAGUCAGAUGUCCCCGUCGGCAAUCGACAACAUCAACCGGUUCUCCCUGAACUAGAGCUUCAGCCCGAACCUAAAUCGUCCAGUCCCCCCGUCCGCCCCCAACGACCGCCUUCGCUUAAUUUGUCCGAUGCGCAGGAACACAAGCCUUCUCUCAAAACCGUGGACGUUGAUGCUGUCCGGCGCCGGUCUGUCCAACAGGCGCAGCCUCAUUCCAGAAGGAGUUCCCGCGAUCGCUUGAGCAUGUUGCUAGGCAUCAACACGGCGAGCCCUAGGACUUCACUACAGGGUGGGCGACCGAGUUUCCAGGCGCACAAUCCCAGUCAAUCGCACUCAUCCAAUAAUACGGGAAAUAGCCAGCCGGCAAGCGUAGGGGAUGCGAUUUGGAAAGGCAAAGAGCGGAUGGUCGAAUCCAGUAGUCCCAUAUCAGAGACCUGGGUACACGUUGGGGCGGAAUCGGCUAUUGAAUUGGGUCGCGGGAUGGGGGUUCAUUCAGCGCUUGAACUAGGGAAUGGCAGGGACAUCGGAGCAAGUUCAGCCAUCAAUCUUGCUGCAUCUGCAUCUGGCAGCCGCCCUCGUGCACGUACCUUUUCUUCCCAUUCCCGCGCAAGAACGAUAUCCUCCACGCAUUCGCAAAAUGCCGCGGAAAUGUGCCGGUCGGUUUGGGAAGACGACGAAACACAGGAGCUCAGGAGAGGAUGGGGACUGGUCAGGCGAUGGUUAGGCGAAGAUCCCAGCGCAGGACCCAGCUCUACCCCCGGCCCCAAAAAAGGGCACGCGCCUAAAUCUCUUUCCCUUGCGUCUACCAUCAAUGCGUUUCGUACGCCCUCGACAAUCAGCUCGACGAUUAAUGCCUUUCGUGCGCCGACACCGAUGAGCCCGCUGUUUGGUGAAGGAGGGUUGAUGGGCAGGGACGUGGGCAAUGCUAGUUUCGCGACCGCAAAGGAGAGCCUAUCUAGCGCAUUGUCCGGGGAUGAUUACGCGACUCCAGGAUCAGUCAUGACAACCCACGAAACCGGCACGAGCAGGCUGAGCUUUCAUAGUUUCAGCAAUACUUCCAAGCGUACCAGCCGGUCUGGCUUGCCUAGCGCCCCGGUGUCGAACGAGAACGGGGAAGGCGCGUCUUCAUCUUUAACUGUACCUGCACAAUACACUGUUCGUCCUCUGUCUCGAGCUUCUGUCCAGUCCUCUUUUGAUGGCCAUCCGGCACCCGAACCUGAAUCUCCAACAAUCACUGCCAAAAAGUUGAGACCGAGGUCUGGAACACUGGAGGUGCCGGAGAUGCCUACCAAGUCAUCAAGAAACCUAUUUGCCGAGUCAGGCUCGAGCUUAAAACUUGAGCUAAAACCAGGAGCGAGCAAACCGGUCCCACGAGAUUUCUUACGACCGGGAGCGCAUACAGCGGCAUUACCAUCCCCGCCUUCCAGUCCCGACGAUCCUCUUCAGGACGUUCAAGGCUCUUCAUUCCACCCCGCCGCGACCUCUACUGUGAGGUCCCGCGCUCCAGUCCCCAGGUCGCUGAGUAGCACUGCUUUUGGAUCUUUGCAUGGUCGGCUGGGAAGCCCUUUACGAAGCGCUACAAUGGGCGAAGAAGGUUGGGCUCCAAUGAGCCCCUUUAUGAGUCCUCAUUCGAGCCCUCAAGCAGCUGGACCACCGAGUCCAGGCUGGAGCCCCAUCAGCCCUCUCCCUUCGAGCCCGCUCCGAACGCCGGGCAGUCCAUUGCUCAGUCCUGGCGCCGGCCCCGCCAGUCCGCUACCUCUCAACAUGAUGGAUCGCACGUAUCGUUCGGACGUUCGCCCAAUGUCCGAGUACACCGAAUCCUCGUACUGGCCUUCGGUCAGUAACCGCGACUCGUCGAACACGGGCGGAACGGGUUGGAGACGUGAUUCGGCGACGGCGCGAAAGCGUGAGAGCGAUGGAACGUUUGCUGGGCAACAGAGUAUCACCUACCAACCUUUACUGGCACCACCACCUAGAACAAAGACCGUACGAAUUGUGGAAGCCGGGCCGUCUACCGAUCGACAGAUGCGAGCCCAGCCAAGGCCAACCUUCCCGCCGUUACCUCCCUCGACUCCAAUGUCGAACCCCAGACCGAGCUCGCUAUUCAAAAGCAUGCCUGGCAGCGGAGCGUAUAUUGGUUCCAAGAUGCGACUCAAGCGGAAAGAAGCCGUCGGAGCUGGACCGUCUGCGCGCGCGUGGUUCAUGAUCGGAUUUAUCCUAGGUCCUUGGUGCUGGGUGAUUGGCGGAUGGAUGGUCCAGCAAGGUCGACCCAUGGCUACGUUGGAUAUUGAAAAGGGCGGGAGGGGCUUUGAGGACGCGCAGUGGGUCAAGCGGUGUAGGAUUGCGAGCAUUGCGAGCGGAGCGGUGGUGUUUUCUGCUGCGUUGGUGGCUGUUGUGUGGGCUGCUGUUGGAGCCCGUUAA